AUGUCUGUAUCCAACCCCAACGUCGCCAUGUCAUCUGACAGCCUGCUGCCCCCACCAUCAUCCUCGUCGUCGCUCAGCGACUCCCCCUCCUGCCAGACCAUCCAUACCCAACGUCAUCACCGUUUCUCCCUUCUUGAUCCUCCGUCCUAUCUCUCUCCCGCUGUGCAAGCUCUCAAGGGGACGCUGCAUGUGCUGACACCGCCCAGAAAUGCGCGAACGAAGGGCCCCUUCAAACCCCGCUCUGCAACCAAGGGGACGAGCAGCUACCAGCUGAGACAGUUUGCAGAGGCCACUCUGGGGAGUGGGAGUCUGCGGAAGGCCGUCAAGCUGCCCGAAGGAGAAGAUCUCAAUGAAUGGUUGGCAGUGAACGUGGUCGACUUCUACAAUCAAAUCAACCUUCUGUACGGGUCGAUUACGGAGUUUUGUUCCCCGCAAACGUGCCCGGAGAUGAAAGCCACAGAUGAGUUCGAGUAUCUGUGGCAGGACUCGGAGAAUUAUAAGCGGCCGACGAAGAUGUCCGCACCGGAGUAUAUCGAGCACCUGAUGAGUUGGGUUCAGGGCAACAUUGACAACGAGCAGAUGUUCCCCAGCAGAAUGGGUGUACCAUUCCCAAAGACCUUCCCAAGCCUCCUGCGGCAGAUCUUCAAACGGCUGUAUCGGGUGUACGCCCAUAUCUACUGCCACCAUUACCCGGUAGUCGUGCACCUAGGAUUGGAGCCUCAUCUCAACACCAGUUUCAAACACUACGUCCUGUUCAUCAAUGAGCACAACCUGGCCAGCGGGAAGGAUUUCUGGGGCCCGCUGGGAGAUUUGGUCGACAGUAUGCUGCGCAGCGAUUGA